AUGACUACCCUAAAAGGUGAGAUCAAUUACUCGAAACUAAAAGACAAGUCAGUCAUCAUUACUGGUGGCUCAAGCGGUCUAGGUGAAGCAACAACAAUCAAGUUUGCCAGCCAUGGCGCGUAUGUCACGAUCGCCGAUAUGGCCGUGGAUGCUGGUCAGGCACUGGCUAAGCGACUAUCUGAUCAGGGAAAACAUGUCAGCUUCGUCGAGUGUAACACAACAGACUGGGCUUCGUCCGUGAAAGCCUUCAAGCAUGCCGUCAACUUCGCGCCGACCAAGACCUUGGAUAUAGCGAUACUGUUUGCUGGAACCGAUGGUGCGAGAAAAGGGCUUGUCGAUGAAAUGCUGCAGCAACCUGAGCCUACCCUUGACAACGAGCCUACUCCGCCGAUCACGAAGGCCAUUGACGUGAACCUCACGGGAGAGUAUAUGUCCACAGCACUGGCUUUGCAGUACUUCCGGCUCAAGGGAACAGGUUCGUCCAAUAUUCAAGGACCUCAACCCAAGAAGUGUCUUAUCUUGAUGUCGAGCAUGACUGGAUACAUAGACCUGCCAUACAAUACAGACUACAGCGUCAGCAAGUAUGGCAUCAGAGGUCUCUUCAGAUCGAUAAGAUCACAAGCACAUCGCGUCAAUGCCCGUGUCAAUUGCCUUCUACCAGGAUACAUUCUCACACCCUUGACCAAGAAGGUUCAUCAAAUUGAGGAUCCGAAUGAACCGAGUAAGGCGACAGGCUACAAGCUACCAUGGGCACCAAUCGAGUAUGUGGUCGAUGCUUGCGGGAGAUGUGCAGUAGACGAUCAGAUGGACGGAAGAGCGCUUGGUGUGUUUCCGAGCGGCGUUGUUGAUAUUGAAGAAGAUGUCGAGACAGGAUAUGGUGGGCGCCAGAUCCUGAAAGUUAUGGAGCAAGAUGGAUUUUUCGAUAUACCCAGUCUGUUUCCAAAGAAAUCCUAG